AUGAUCUCCACCUCUGUGCCACAGCCCCUAGCUGCAGUAGCACCACAGCCCUUAGCUGCAGUAGCGCGGCUGCAGUCACACGCGCGUGCCUCUAGCAGCACAGCUACUGCAGCGGGCGCCUGGGGCCAGCCCCCCCGCCACGGCGGCGCCGCCGCCAGCGAGGACUACUAUCGAGUGGGGCUGCAGAUGGUACAGACGUCGGGCCCCGUGGGCGUGGGUGUGCAGCAGGGCUACUUCCUGCUCAUGCGCAUCACCUCCCAGGACACAGUGGAAGACACAGACCGUGGCCUGGUCAUGUCUGUGGGCGGCGACACGCUGGCGGGCGUGGCGCAGCUGGCGCAGGGACUGCCCACGGGCGCAGCCGGUGGCCGCCCGCUGUCUCUCGACCUGCUGUGGCAGGUGCUGGAGCGUGGGCAGGAGAUCAGCAGGCGGACGUGGGGAAUCCUGCGGGUGGCGGUGGUGGAGCUGCGCGGCAACACGUUUGUGGGGCGCGUGUUCUUCGGAGACCACGCCACGGGCGCCGUGGCCUGGGACUGCGACUGCCGACCCUCCGACGCGUGCUGGCUGGCGCUCAAGGCCAAGUCGCCCAUCUACGUGCACAAGAGUGUGUGGGAGGACAGCGCGAUGGUGCUGCGCGAGAUCCAGCGCGGCGCCGAGCAGCGCCAGCCCGAGGCGGGCCUGCGGGACAAGGGCCAGGCGGGCGGGCUGCUGGUGGGGGAGGCGGCAGACGGCGAGCUGCUCACGCCCACCGUCAUCAUGACCACGCCCAGGCCUGCUGACCCCGAGCCCCUCAAGCGCCUCAAGAUGGAGAUGCGGGUGGCGCUCAAGGAUGAGGACUAUGCUGCGGCGGCGCGCAUACGGGACCACCCCUGGAUGCGGCUGCACCUGAGCAGCAUGCAGGCGCUGCAGCAGGGGGACGAGGAGGAGGCGGGGAGGUGCGAGGCCCAGCUGACGGCUGCCAUCAGCCAGCACGAGCGCGAGGAGCGGGAGGGCAUGCGGCAGCGAGACGCCGACGAGCAGCGCAGGCGGCGGCAGCAGCAGCCGGACAGCGGCGCGGGCGGCGGCGGCGGCAGCGACAACCCAAACCGCCAGUUCUAUUGA